AUUCGAUUUAUCUAUGUCAGGUGUGGGAGCAAUGACGUGGUCUCCUCUGGCAUGCGGACUCAUCACAGGGAAAUACAGCGACGGCGUUCCCGACUGUUCGCGGGCCUCAAUGAAAGGAUAUCAGUGGCUGAAGGAGCGAGUACACAGUGAAGAAGGACGCAGACAACUGGCCAAAAUUAAAGAGCUCCAUCUGGUGGCCGACAGGUUGGGCUGCACAGCUGCGCAGCUUGCGAUCGCCUGGUGUUUACGUAGCGAGGGGGUCAGUUCAGUACUUCUUGGUGUUUCCAACACAGACCAACUUCUUGAGAACCUUGGAGCCCUGCGGAUUCUGUCCCAAAUGACUCCUCAGACCGUAGGCGAGAUAGAUGCACUCCUGGGCAACAAGCCUCACUCCAAGAAAGAGUCACGUGCGUGAGAGAACGAGACGAUUGCCGAAAUACUUUCAGCCGGACAAAGAAAAGGAAAGCGAAAGGGGGAAACGACUGAACGCGGCGUCCCAUCGCUUCUCUGCUCUCCCGUAUAUUACAACGCCUGCAUGCCUUCUGCAACCUGCUUUCUGCCCAUACCGCACCGCUCUCUGUAACCCAACUCAAAUAUCCAAACAUACCUACAAACAAAACGUGCAAACUGCCGUCGGCCACCUCGCAGAAAUGCGAGGAACGAGAUCUUUCUUUACUUGGAGACACCAAAGUUUUUGUCUUCCAGGAGGAAGUCUUGCAGAAAGAGGAAAUAUAGGAGGCGAAUGACGACUUCAUGACCUCUCUCGCCCCUUUCCCUCACCAGUGGACGAGCUGUUAUGAGAGAGCGUGUGUUAACUUAGGCAUGAACGAGUGUUUGUACGUGUGCAUGCAGUGACACUUCAAAUCGAACCUCGAUGUCCGGCGUGCACCUCAAAAACCAGACGCCACGUCUCACGGUGUGGACAGCGCAAUAGCCGCUUGACGUUGCCAGAUGUUUACGAAAGCUGCUUGUCGCAUUUGUUGGGACGUGCGCUGUCUGUCGAGGUGCAGAAGAGCAUGGCGGACUCUCCGGCGUGUGACAGGAACACGCAGCGACUGCAGAUGGCUGGUUGGACACAUCACAAGUCUUCCUCCGUUUCCCUCCUUUCCAUCUCUCCUUGUGUUUACAAUGGUGCACCUGUCCCUUUAAGAGAAUCUGUGCAGUUGUAGGAGGGGUGUGUGUGUGUGUGUGUGUGUGUGUGUGUGUGUGUGUGUGUGUGUGCGUGUGUGUGCGUGCGUGCGUGUGUGUGUGUGUGUGUGUGUGUGUGUGUGCGUGCGUGCGUGCGUGCGUGUGUGUAUAUGUGUGUGUGGUGCCUCACAAACGUGUUCAUAGCUAAUUCCUUAUUUACCAAAAAAUGACUGAAACUCAUCAUUUGAAUGUGACAUUGUUAUACAGUGACCUGAAAAUGUAUUUGGGCGCUUAAGCCACACAUCACAUCUUAUGGUUUUUAUUGUAUUUGACCAAAGAAUCCCAAUUUUAUUAAAUUGUUACAUUGUUACAAUAGACGUUUGUUAGAUUUGAAAUGAAUAAUGACAGAUAUAUUGUGAGAAAAGGCUCCGCAUGAUUUGACAUCUCGCUUGAAAGUCCUGGUACAUUUUAAGGCCACUCUGUGUGAAAAUGAACAGAAAUAUAAAGGAUACCUAAAUAUUAACAUCCCAUACUUUGUCAUUUUAGAGACUUUUGUGGUAAUGAUAUAAUUUGGUCUUUUGGCAUAUAACUAUGAGAACACUGCAGAUGGGAUUUUGGCCCAUUUUUGUAGGCAUACUUGCUCGAGGUCAUACUUUGGCAAAGGGAUUGCGGUUUUUGUUAUUUUAUUAUAGUUUAUUAAAAAUUUAAUUAAAUUGAUUUAUAUAGCAAUGUAAACAGAUAAAUAAUAAAAUGACAAACUGCAUAAGAAAUUAAACUAAAAAAUAACAUGAAAUAUAAAAAUUAAAGCUAAUUCAAAAUACAUAUAUAUUUCGACAUAUACAAAACUAAAAUAAAACUGACAACAAAACUAUUAUAAGUCUGGUAACUUGUAACUGCAGACUAGUGUUCAUGUGGACAGUUCAGGUCACUAACAGUCUUGUUCGCAAUCUUUUCCUUAUUUUCUGACAUCGCUAUACAAUCUAAUCAAUAAGGAUGCCAAAAGGUUUAAAAAAGGCAAAAAACAGUAGGCCUACACUGUAAAAAAAAUUCUGUAAAAAAAAAAAAAAAUUCUGUAAGCUGGAGAAAUCGAAAUAUACAUUAAAAUAUUUUUUUCCUGUAAAUUACAGGAUAUAAGGAUAUAUAUGAAAUUGUUUUUCUUGUAAAUUUGUUGUAUUUUUCCUGUAAUUUUACGUUUUUUGACCGUAUUUCAAAGAUAAUUAAAAAACAAAAAAAUUGACAUUUUACGUGGAAAUCUGUAAAAAAAAGAAAGAAAAUUUCUGUAAAAUUACGUUUUGUUUUUUUACAGUUUAUGUUUUGCAUAAAACAAUUUCACAUGUAAUCAUUUAUAAUUGCAGCGCUUAAAAAGAAAUAAAACUACAUUUAAAUGUUGAAUAUGUAAAUCAUUGAAAUAAGAGAACCGGGUGUGAAUACUUUUGCGAGGCAUCAUACAUGUAUGUUUGCGUGCGUGUGGAGCAUGGCUUCUGUGGUCAGCGUCCUUUGCACUAAGUGGACAGUGUCAUAAUUUUAUGAUCAUAGUUCACAAGUAGUCAUGACGGUUAACAUGACCAGAGAACUGUGCUAGUAUUGAUGUGUGUUUGACACACACACGCUGCGUCAGUGACAAUGAAAAGCGAAGCACUUCACUAGUUUGUGUGUUUGUGUCGUUUCAUGAUUUCGAACAGGCACAGAUGAGACUCCUGCACAUUGGCUGGAUUAAAUUAAUAUUUACUGUCUAUUUCAUUUGGCCAACAUUGUAUAUGUGCAGUGCCAUACAACAAGGCUGUCCAAUCCAACUCAUGUUACACGUGUUACAGACAAGCACCGGCCUAGACUUUGUUCAGACAGGCAGAAAAAAUCUGUGGUCUGUUUAGUUAAAUCGUAAUAAGAUAACGUAAAAUGAUUCACUGGGUAUUUACUUCACUGUCAAAACAAAUAGAUUUUAUGACUUACAAAAAGAUGUGCAGAAAGUUAACAAAAACAAAUCAGAUUUGAGUGCCGUUCGAACAAAGAUUAGGACUUUGUUUGGGACAAGAUUAGGAGAAAAAAUGAACACAAAAACUUUCAGCACAGUAAACAGGUAUAGACAUUAUCUGACCCUUCAUUUAUAAAAAAUAAUUUAAAUUCUUUGAGUUCAAGUUAAUGCCAUCUAAAUGUUUGACGUGGAUUUUAGAUAGAAAUUGUCCUAAGACCAGUUUUUUAAGAGAUAAAGGUUUAAUGGUCAAACUGGGCCACUUUUACA